GGUAUAAAAUUUCAAGCGAGAGAAACAGAAGCAGGCAGUGCGCCUGGCGAGGAAAGGCAGAGGAGGCGACGGCGAAAGGGGGCCGAGGAGAGCGGAACGGCUGGGUCUCGGCGGAAAGCAAGAGGCAGCUUCUACCAGAAACCGGGCAGCCUGGAGACGGCGGAAGAGCUCCGAAAGCCGGCCAGGGGCCACCGCGAGCAGCUUUGCCCGCCCGAGCCAAGCUCAGGAGCUCUUGAGAAGAACAGCAAAGGCCAUUCAGGCGCGUCUCUUGAGGGGAGCCCCGCUCGGCGCAGUUCCCACCGGCAUGGCGAGCGACGAAGCAGCACGAAUGGACAGCCACAAGUGCGCUUUCGGUCCCUGACACGUGCGCUCCCCGUGGAGUCUCCCCGCCGCCUGCCUCCUCCGAAGCUGCCCAACGGCGCAGCGGGAUUGGGAGGCCAGGCGAGGCGGUGAAGCCGGCAACUCGGCCCGAUUUGCCCCCUGCGCGGACGCCCUCGCCCUCAUGGAGAGCAACCCCGGCGGGACGGAGCGCCGAUCCGUUUCCUCCUCUGCCUCGACGGUGGCCGUCGGCUCUUCCUAGGCUUGGUGUCCAACCCGCUCCCGAGGCCGGCGGGGAGAUCCUUCAUGCCCUUUCUCGCCAAGUGCCAAACGGCAGGAUCUGCUUGGUCGCCCGCAGGUUUCCUGCGGAGUUACCCCGCCGCCCUUUUCCCACCUUGCGCCACGCCUGAAGAUGCACUUGCGCGGGACUUUGCUGCUUCUCUCGCUCCUGAGCUUGGCCACGGUGAGCCUGUCGCUCUCCUCCUGCACGACGCUGGACCUGGAGCACAUCAAGAAGAAGAGGAUAGAGGCCAUCCGGGGCCAAAUCCUGAGCAAGUUGCGCCUAACCAGCCCUCCAGAGAGUGUGGGGCGAAGCCACGUGCCCUAUCAAGUCCUGGCUCUGUAUAACAGCACCCGGGAACUACUAGAGGAGAUGGAAGAGGAGAAGGAGGACAGCUGCUCUCAGGACAACUCGGAGUCCGAGUACUACGCCAAAGAGAUCCAUAAGUUUGACAUGAUCCAGGGCUUUCCCGAACACAAUGAGCUGCCGCUAUGCCCCAAAGAAGUAACUUCCAACAUGUUCCGCUUCAAUGUGUCUUCAGCAGAGACAAACAUCACCAACCUCUUCCGGGCAGAGUUUCGGGUCCUUCGCUUGCCAAACCUCAGCUCCAGACGUUCUGAGCAGCGUAUUGAACUCUUUCAGAUCCUGAAACCUGAUGAGCAUAUUGCAAAGCAGCGGUACCUAAGUGGCCGAAAUGUACUGACAAGGGGCUCUUCUGAAUGGCUGUCCUUCGAUGUCACAGAGACUGUCCGUGAAUGGCUUUUUCAUAGAGAAUCUAAUCUAGGACUGGAGAUUAGUGUCCAUUGCCCAUGUAACACCUUUCAAUCCAAUGGCGACAUUCUGGAGAAUCUGCAUGAGGUGCUGGAGGUCAAAUUCAGAGGGAUAGAUGGUGAAGAGAGUCACGGCCGUGGGGACUUGGGAAGCCUGAAGAAGCAAAAAGAUCUGCAAACCCCCCACCUGAUCCUGAUGAUGCUGCCUCCACAUCGUCUUGGAAGUUCAACUGUGAGAAGCCAGAGAAAGAAACGAGCAUUGGACACCAAUUAUUGCUUUCGGAAUCUGGAGGAGAACUGCUGUGUACGUCGUCUCUACAUUGAUUUUCGUCAAGAUCUGGGCUGGAAAUGGGUGCAUGAGCCAAAGGGGUACUUUGCUAACUUUUGCUCUGGGCCAUGCCCUUACCUUCGUAGUGCAGAUACCACACACAGCACGGUCCUUGGUUUAUACAAUACUCUGAAUCCCGAAGCAUCUGCUUCCCCCUGUUGUGUUCCCCAGGAUCUGGAUCCCCUGACUAUCUUGUAUUACGUUGGAAGGACCCCAAAGGUGGAACAGCUGUCUAACAUGGUUGUGAAAUCUUGCAAAUGCAGCUGAAAAGGACCCAAUGCAAUUCCCAGCUCAGAAACUGCAACCACUAUCUUUGAUCUCAGAGUAAAACUCAAUCCUAAAUCCAUUUCUCCCUUCCUGACUUUAUCACCUUGUUCCUUAUGAAGACUGUUUUUUCUCUGUGUAUGGAUAUUUGAGGAAAUGGACACCAUACAAGCUAGAUUUUUAACAGAUAAAGGCCACCAAACAAGGGAUUUUCCCAAGGAGGAAAUCAUGAGCAGAGCCGGAGCAUAUAGGAAAACUAGACUUUUUUGCCCAUCAAUAACUGUUUCAUCGAGCUCAACUUUGUUCACAAGAGGAGGAUGGCUGGUUUCCUUUUAACUGGACAUAUUUUAUUAGCACCCAUACCAUAAUGGAAGUCAUUAUUCUGCAGACAGUGAGUACUACAUGGUCCAAAUAUGAAACUUUCUCACAAACUCUUCUCCGUUUUCUUUCUCCUCCUGGAACACUUGCUGGAGGGCUUCUGUCACAGAGGUGGGCUUUGCCCCUAUAUCCCAACCCUGUUCUUUGGUAAUCUUCCAAGAAUCUUGAGGCUGUUGUGGUGGUUGAGAUCUUUAAAAAAUCUGCCCAUCUUGUACAAGGACUUAGCCUAGGCCACACCUGCCAAAAUUUUAUACAAAGUGUUAAUCUCAAUAUUGUAAAAAAAAUAAAUAUUUUUCUUUUGGAUAUUAGAAUUUUAUGUUCAAGAAAGUUGUUUCCGUAUGGAAAGGAAGAGAUACUUCUACAGCUGUGGAAGAACCCACAAAGGUCAGACUAGAGCACUUACUGCAGCAAGAAAUCACAUUUUCAGUGGCUGGGAGUCCUGAAGGAAAUGACAAUGCUGAAAUGAGAUUUGCACAAGCCAAUGGGACCAAUUUGGUUCAGUUGUUGUUUCACUCUUCAUUUGGUGGUGGUAAUGUUUUAAUUUUCCUAAUUUGUUUUUAAAGAUGUGUUAAAUCCAUGACUGAAUUUAAAGUA